AUGCGUAUGACUCGUGCAGCGCUGCGAGCGCAGACAGCCGAAGUCCCGAUUCACGAAGAUGGCGAUUCCAGCUUCGAAGCACCUCUGAGCGACUCUAAGCAAGACGAUCUGCCGGUGCUUAAAGAGAUCACCAAUGCGAACAGCAUCAUCAAGACUCCUGCUACGCCGUCAAAGUCUGCAGUCGUCAGUCCCUCCUCCGAGCACAAGCAACCUAUCAACAGCGCUACGGCCCAACAGACCGACGUAGUAUGUCACUCAAACGACUCUACUGUCAACCCGGACAUCGUGAGCAGCUCCGACACCAAUCUGGAAGAUGCACAGAAGGAAGAAGAAUCAGGGCAGGGCCUGGCCGAAUCUGACGCACUUUCUGUCUCACCUUCCCUUGCCGAGCCUGCUGCCGACACUGCCGAUCGCUCUGUCGCAGUCGCGAAGACGCCCAAGUUCGAUCCUACUGCUAACGAUGCGGCUGAGGUGGCAAUGAAGGACCAAGACGACUCUUUUGUGCAAUCGAUCAAGACCAGAACUCCAGCACGGGCUGCCGUAAGCAGCAAGGAGGAGGACGAGGACUCGUUCGUGCAGAAGAUCAGCUCGCGAACACCCCGACGCACCUCGCGCAUCGAAGACUCGGUCGAAGCGAUGGACGCCCUCGAGGACGCGAUCGAGCAAUUCUCAGAAGAACUUCCAAGUCUCGACGCGUUGCGCAUCGAUUCUCCUGUCAAGGAGCGUACCGCUGUUUCGCCCAGAGCGCAGCCGAAAUCCACUCUCAACAAGCUCUCCCUUCCUCCUACCGCAAGCACAAGCAGAAGCAAUUCCAAGUCGUCCUCCAAAUCGCCUGUUCGGGCCAAUGGUACAAUGUCUGUCAACAAGACCAAGCCUUCCACGAUUCUGCCUCCCCCAAGUCGGCCCACUGCUGUCAAAGCACAGCGUACACUGCCGGCGGCUGCUGCUACUAAGACCAAGGGUACACUGCCUCCAACUACUGCUGUCGCCAAAAGAGUCGCACAGAUUGAUGGCAGAGCUUCAAUGUCGUUCUCGAACUCUCCUCUCAAGACCCAGCCGAAUAUCAAGAAGAGGACGACUAGUGGCACUCUGUCAACCAGUCGGCCAGGUUUUGUGCCCACGAAGUCCACUAAAGCGCCUACAACCUCCACAUUUGUCCUGCCGGGGGACGUCUAUGCUGCCAAAAUGAAAGCCGAACGAGAAGCAAAGAAGGAAGCAGCCGAGGAGGUGACAAAGUUCAAGGCAAAGCCGGUCCCGACCAGUCGAUCCAGCAUAGUCCCACGACUGAACAAAGCUAGCCAAGCCCGUCUGAGCGUCGCAGUAGGAGGCACCGCAGUGAAGGAGACAGACCCAGCCAACAAGCGAAUCUCUAGUCUCGAUCUGCCCAAGGUUAGGAACCCAUCAAAUGCAGGCGUCAAGCGAGCUUCCAGCGUUGUCGCCAAGCCAUCUCGAUCAACAUCCAGAGAGCCCAAGUUUGCUGCGAACGUCCCUAGAGUGGCGUCGCUCACGAGCAAGCCUGUCACACCAGCACCGGUCCCCGAAAUGGUACCUGCACAGAAGAAGGCCUCUGGCAAGGAAGUCUUGGCACGAUCCAAGUUGGAGUUGAAGAAGCAGGAAGAUGACAAGCGUCAGAAGGAAGAAGCGGCUCGCAAGGCUCGUGCCGAAGCUGCAGAGAGAGGUCGAUUGGCAAGCCGCGAGUGGGCGGAAAAGAAGGCCAAGAUGGCGGCGGCGCAGAAGGCAGCAGGAAAGUGA